CCUGCCUCCCUCCCUCCCUCCCCGAGGGGCGGCUUCCGGCUAGGCUGGGGGGGCUCCCUCGCGUGCCGCCAGAAGAGGCUGGAUGGUUGCGCCGGGCAGGCUGGCUCCAGGAUGCUAGGGGCUGUGAAAAUGGAAGGGCAUGAGACCAGCGACUGGAACAGCUACUACGCCGACACGCAGGAGGCCUAUUCGACGGUGCCGGUGAGCAAUAUGAACUCGGGCCUGGGCUCCAUGAACUCCAUGAAUACGUACAUGAGCAUGAACGCCAUGAGCACGAGCGGCAACAUGACGACGUCGGGCUCCUUCAACAUGUCCUACGGCAACCCCAGCGGCCUGAGCCUGAGCCCCGGCGGGACUGGCGGCGCCAUGAACAGCAUGUCGGCCAUGGGCUCGGCGCUGAGCCCGGGGGGCAUGAGCGCCAUGGGGGCCCCGCAGGCCUCGCUGAACGGCCUGAGCGCCGCCUACCACGGGGCCAUGGCGCCCUGCAUGAGCCCCAUGGGCUACGCGCCCUCCAACCUGAGCCGCGGCCGCGACGCCAAGAGCUUCAAGCGCAGCUACCCGCACGCCAAGCCGCCCUACUCGUACAUCUCGCUCAUCACCAUGGCCAUCCAGCAGGCGCCCAGCAAGAUGCUGACGCUCAGCGAGAUCUACCAGUGGAUCAUGGACCUCUUCCCCUACUACCGCCAGAACCAGCAGCGCUGGCAGAACUCCAUCCGCCACUCGCUCUCCUUCAACGACUGCUUCGUCAAGGUGGCCCGCUCGCCCGACAAGCCCGGCAAGGGCUCCUACUGGACGCUGCACCCCGACUCGGGCAACAUGUUCGAGAACGGCUGCUACCUCCGGCGCCAGAAGCGCUUCAAGUGCGACAAGCAAGCCGGCGCCAAAGCCGGCCCCGGAGGGGGAGGCGGCGGCGGAGGAGGGGAGGGCAGGAAGGAUCCCGCCGGCGCCGGCUCGCCUCUGCACCGCGGCCAGCCCAAGGCCGGCCAGCUCGAGGCCGCCCCGUCCAACGCAGGCAGCUCCCCCGCCCUGGACCACAACGGCAACGGCCCGGAGCUGAAGCCUUCCGUGGCGGCUGCUGCAGCGGCUGCAGCGGCGGCGGCGGCGGCUGCAGCAGCAGCGGCCUCGGUGCAGACGGGCCCGGCCUUGGCCUCGCUGGCCCACCCGGCCCACUCGCUGGGCCACCCCCACGAGUCGCAGCUGCACCUCAAGGGCGACCCGCACUACUCCUUCAACCACCCCUUCUCCAUCAACAACCUCAUGUCCUCCUCGGAACAGCAGCAGCACAAGCUGGACUUCAAGGCCUACGAGCAGGCGCUGCAAUAUUCCUCCUACGGCGCCGCCUUGCCCAGCGGCCUGCCCCUCAGCAGCGCCUCCAUGGGCGGACGAGGGGGCAUCGAGCCCUCCGCCCUCGAGCCCUCCUAUUACCAAGGUGUGUAUUCCAGACCCGUCCUAAACACCUCCUAGCCGGCCGGCGGCGGGGACUCUCUCGCGGGGGCCGAGCCAGCCAGCCGCAAGCCGCCUCGCCUGGGUCUGAGUCGCCUCUCGAGCUCUCUAGCCAGACUGACCAGGCAACCCCGCCCCCCCCCCAACCGGGCAAGCCCUGCGGAACGCGGGAGGGGGCGGAAAGAAGGGGGGGGGAAGGACUGUUACUUUAUUAUUGUAUCCUGAUACAUCGUGUUGAUUCUGUUCUGAACUGGAAAGUCCAACAGCUCCCGCUCAGCCCACACACAAUCACACACACACACACUGUAUAUAUCAGCCUUGUCCGCCCCACCGCAUGACCACUGUAGAGGAAAGAAAGAAAGAAAGAAAGAAAGAAAGAAAGAAAGAAAGAAAGAAAGAAAGAAAGAAAGAAAGAAAGAAAGAAAGAAAGAAAGAAAGAAAGAAAGAAAGAAAGAAAGAAAGAAAGAAAGUGGAUUUCUCCUACUACUUCCCCUUUGGUGUAACCUCACCAGAUUUAUAGGUUCGUGGCAGUAUUUUAACCGUGGAGAGAAAGAACCAAAGCUAGACAUUUAGGUUACAUGAAAUUCAGGAAGCCUUCGCUGGAAACCGACAGCCCGACGUCCAAGGGGUGGUGGGCGCAGCUGAGCAGGCACCCUCUCCCUCCCCGCCUGGUCCGACAUCUCGGGCAUGCCGUGAGCUCCUUUUCUGCCGGGGCCGAGGGCUGAAGCCUCUUGCUCAGUACGGAAGCCAGAGGCGGAAGGUGGCCUUCCAGGUGGGACUCCCGCCUUCCCCACAGGCCCAAAGAGCGGCCUUUGAUACAGAGUCAUACAGGUCACUGAAGCCAUUGAAGGGCGUCUUCCUACCCCCCCCCCGCCCCCUCAAAACAUGCUGUUACUGAGAAGUCUUCUCCUGCAGGAAACCUUCUGGCUCUUCAACGUCCCCAGCCUUUCCCUUGGGGGGGGGGGGGAUUGCGGUUUUUCCAGUCUCCCCCGCAACCCAUUCUAAGCCCGCGGGAGACCCCCCCCCAGAUCAAUGCAUAACGGGGAAGUCCUACUGAUUCCCCCUGACCCCCCCACCCCCUCCCCGGAUUUGUUGUGGCCGCUUAAUUAUUGCCGUUGUUAGCACGUUCAUCCAGUGUUAAUGCACUUUCCACUGUUUUUACACGAUGUUUUUAGCAUAGCCAGACGGGUGGUUUUUUGUUUUUGUUUUUUGUUUUGUUUUAAGUUUUCUUCUUAUUUCUUCUGUUGGCUUUCUCAUUGUUCUUAAUUUAUUUGCAUGGUUUAUACUUUUUCUUUCUUUUCAGCUUGAAAUUGCUUUAAAUGACGGUUUUAAAAUGAGUCAUACCAUUUUAAAGAAAAAAAAUUAAAAUGUUAAUUUUAUAAUAAAUGUGAUUGUAAUGGAGAAA